UCCGUAGAAUGACCGUUAGUGGCAAAAUGGCGGAGGAAACGGUCAGGGGAGAUCGUGCCCGGAGACAGAUGACGCCGGAGAGGAAGGAGGAUUCCCAUUGGCGGGUCCUGGGCGUCGUGGAGAAAACAAAGGAGUCUCUCUCUCUCUCUCUCUCUCUGAGGCUCCAGUGCCGUUCAACUCCCGCGAAGCCCCGCCCUUCUAUGGGUUUCCUGCCCGCAGCCGCCAUUUUCCUUCCGGGCGGACGUCCAGCGAGGGGGCGGGGCUCCGACGACGUCUUUCCCUGUGAGCUCACUUCCGGAGGAGGCGGCGGCGAAGGGGGGCCUUGUUGAGAGAGAGAGAGAGAGAGAGAGAGAGCGGGAAGAAGGAGGGAGAGGUAUCCUCUGAAUGAACCUUGUGAAGGACGUUUUGCCCAUUGCCUUAGGUCUGAAAUGAAAGUACACAGCACUGACAAGAACAGAAAAUAAGAGAAAUUAUAUUUCAAAGGGAGGGUUGUACUCUAAAAAGAGAGGCUUGGUAAAGUGAAAAGAAGACUACAACAAUACAAAGACUGAGAAGAGGGAAGCCUGUCCUCUUCAGGAGAACAUAUUUGUGAACUUCUGGCAUGAUAUUUGAAUCAUAAAUGUAACAGAAUGGAAAAUCUCCAUUCCUUGUCAAAAUCACACACAGGAGAGAAGCGACAUAAUUGUAUGGACUGUGGAAAAUGUUUCAUUGGGAGAAGUUCUCUUACUAAACAUCAACAAACUCACACAGGAGAGAAGCCUCAUAAAUGUAUAGAAUGUGGAAAGAGCUUCAGUGAGAGUGGACAUCUGCGCUCCCAUCUAAGGACCCACACAGGGGAGAAGCCUCAUAAAUGCAUGGAAUGUGGAAAGAGCUUCAGUCAAAGUGGAAAUCUGCGUUUACAUCAAAGGAUCCACACAGGGGAGAAGCCACAUAAAUGCAUGGAAUGUGGAAAGAGCUUCAGUGAGAGUGGACAUCUGCGCUCCCAUCAAAGGACCCAUACAGGGGAGAAGCCUCAUAAAUGCAUGGAAUGUGGAAAGAGCUUCAGCGAGAGUGGAAAUCUGCGCAGCCAUCAAAGGACCCAUACAGGGGAGAAGCCACAUAAAUGCAUGGAAUGUGGAAAGAGCUUCAGUGAGAGUAGAAAUCUGCGUUCCCAUCAAAGGACCCAUACAGGGGAGAAGCCACAUAAAUGCAUGGAAUGUGGAAAGAGCUUCAGUCACAGUGCCAGUCUGCGUGUCCAUCUAAGGACCCAUACAGGGGAGAAGCCUCAUAAAUGCAUGGAAUGUGGAAAGAGCUUCAGUCAGAGUGGACAUCUGCAUCUCCAUCAAAGGACCCACACAGGGGAGAAGCCUCAUAAAUGCAUGGAAUGUGGAAAGAGCUUCAGUCAAAGUGGAGAUCUACGAUCCCAUCAGAGGACCCACACAGGGGAGAAGCCACAUAAAUGCAUGGAAUGUGGAAAGAGCUUCAGUGAGAGUGGACAUCUGCGCUCCCAUCUAAGGACCCAUACAGGGGAGAAGCCUCAUAAAUGCAUGGAAUGUGGAAAGAGCUUCAGUGAGAGUGGACAUCUGCGCUCCCAUCUAAGGACCCAUACAGGGGAGAAGCCACAUAAAUGCAUGGAAUGUGGAAAGAGCUUCAGUGAGAGUGGACAUCUGCGCUCCCAUCUAAGGACCCAUACAGGGGAGAAGCCUCAUAAAUGCAUGGAAUGUGGAAAGAGCUUCACUCAGAGUGCACAUCUGCGUUCCCAUCAAAGGAUCCACACAGGGGAGAAACCACAUAAAUGCAUGGAAUGUGGAAAGAGCUUCAGUCAGAGUAGACAUCUGCGUUCCCAUCAAAGAACCCAUACACACAGGUAGAGCAGACUGCCUUUAUGUUUCCUAGUUCUGGUAAAAUAUUUCCCCAGGCAAGGGUCCCAGGCAGACAAAAAUGGGAGAAUGAACAGAAGAAGGAACUUGCUCUCUAUCUGUUAUGUACAGCAAUUUGUGUGGUCUGGCUCACAAAUUGCACAGAGAAUAGAAGACAAAGAGUGAUGACAUCAGCUGGUGAAGAUUAUUGAAUCUGUUGAGAUAGACAAUUUACCAUAUAAGCCGACCCGAAUAUAAGCCAAGGCGCCUAAUUUUACCACAAAAAACUGGGAAAACGUAUUGACUCGAGUAUAAGCCAAGAGUGGGAAAUGCAGCAGCUACUGGUAAAUUUCAAAAUAAAAGUUGUUACCAAUAAAAUUACAUUAAUUGAAGCAUCAGUAGGUUAAAUGUUUUUGAAAUUUUACCAUAUUUCAAAGAAAAACAGUAAACUAGGUCUGUAAGGGGGAAAGGAGGGUCAACAAAAACCACAUGGUAUCAACAAUAACUUUAGAAGUAUUGGGAUCCAUUUAUAACAGGAUGAAAAAGAGACUUUGAAAAAGACUGUCUUUCAAGAUGUUCCCCUGCUCCUUCUUUCCUUUCCCAAUAUCCAAGAUGGCCUUCUUACUGUAUCCCUUGCAAUAUCCAAGAUGGCUCAUUGCUACAGAACCUUGGGAGCUGUGAUUUGGUAUAGUACCGUCAUUCUUUGGCAGAGAAAUCUAAAUUGUAGGAGUUGAUAUUCAAUCAUUUCUCCUUCCCAUGGAGUAUUUUAUACACACUUUUAACUAUGAUUUAUUUGUUAUUUUAUUGUGUUGUGUUUUUAUGAUUGUCUAUGGCAGUGGUUCCCAAACGUAUUUGGCUUACUGCCCCCUUUCCUGAAAAAAUAUGACUCAGCACCCCCUGGAAAGGGGCGUGGCUUAGAGGGCUGGGCGUGGCUCUUGCUCAAGAGGGCGGGGCUGAGCCUCUCCCCUAGUCCAAGAUGCAGGUCUGGGAGGGGGAGGGGGAGGUAGGUGGGGCCACAAAUGGGAGGCCAGGACUGGGAUGGGUGGAGUUACAAGCUCUGAGGCAGGGCUGAGCUUCUGUCCCUAUCUUGGAUGCAGGGGGCAGGGCUAGAGGAGAGGGCGGGGCCUCUUCCCAAGUGCCUGACGGGGCUGAACCUCUCUACCCCAUCCCUGUGUUCUCACAAGUGCCUCAGGGGAGGUAUACAGAGGCUCAGCCCUGUCUCGUGCUCUUGGGAGGAGGCCCCGCCCCUAGCUCCACCCUUUAGUCCUAAAAGGCCUCUCAGGAAAGGCUCAGCCCUGUCUCAGGCUCUUUGGAAGAAGCCACGCCCACUCCUCUAGCCCCACCCCCUGUGUCCUAACAGGCACCUCAGGGACUCAGCCCUGUCUUCCGCACUUAGGAAAAGGCCCCGCCCCUCCCCUAGCCCCGCCCCCAUCUCCUAACAGGUACCAUCACCGCCCCCCUGGAUCGCUGGUCUAUGGCAUUGAAUAUUUGCCUUUGCAUUUGGAAGCCGCCUUGAGACCUUUCAGAGAAAGAGGGUGGGUUAGAAAUAAAUUAUUACUAUUAUAAAAUACCUGGAGGGCUGAAGUUUGCCCAUGUCUGCUCUAUGCUGCACUUUCCUGACCAGGCUUUGCCCCAUGUAAGCUGCCCCUAGUCCCUUCGGGGAGAUGGGGCGGGGUAUAAGAAUAAAAUUAUUAUUAUUAUUAUUAUUAUUAUUAUUAUUAUUAUUAUUAUUAUUAUUUCCCAUCAUCAUCAUCAUCAUCAUCAUCAUCAUUGAAUUACUUAUUAAUCGCCCUCCAUCCACGAUGCUCUAGGCGAUUUACAAGAUAAAAUUGUAAAGGAUAAAAAUACAUACAUACAAAUAUUGAUUUAAAAAAAUUAAAAUAGAUUAAAAGCUCUAGUAAAGAGCCAGGUCUUGAGUGCAAGGGUAAAAGGCCCUAACUCCCGCAUGGCUCUCAUCUAGGGCGGCAAGGCAUUCCAUAAGGCAGGGGCAGAAACAGAAAAAGCUCUGCGCCUGGUCCUUUCCAAGUGCACUUCUCUAGGACCCGGUACAUAAAGUAAGUCUCGUUGGGAUGGUCGUUGUGACCUCCGAUGAUGGGAGAAGGAGAGACGGUCCCUAAGAUACGAUGGGCCCUGGCCGUAAAGAGUUUUGAAGGUCAGGACUAGUAUUUUAUAUAGACCACGGUAAUCAGUUGGAAGCCAAUGCAGAUGCUGCAGCACUGGUGUGAUGUGGCAUUUCAUGGGUGUCCUUGUGAGUAGCCUGGCUGCCGCAUUCUGCACGAUACGGAGCUUUCGGGUCGUGGACAUCGGAAGGCCAACAUACAGGGCGUUGCAAUAGUCCAGCCUAGACGUGACCGUGGCAUGGAUGACUGUUGCCAGAGCCUCAUCAGAUAGAUAGGGUGCCAGUUGCCUCGCUUGUUGUAGAUGGAACAAGGCCUGUUUGCACAACCUGCUAUUGAGAUGGAUCAAUAAUAAUCACAACCUGCUAUUGAGAUGGAUGCAUGAUUAAGACAUUAUUUUCAGCUUACUAUAUAUGUUUUGGCUGAGGGGGCAGAAAUUGCCUUAAAGCCAUCUUGUGCAGCUUCCAAAACCCAACAGUUGAGCACAUUUUGCACUACAGCCAGAUAUUUUCAAGGUUGUGCCCAAAGGGCUUGGCGAAUAUAACCUUUUCUGAGAUGGAUCCAAAUCAGGCAUGGGCAAACUUUGGCCCUCCAGGUGUUUUGGACUUCAACUACAACAAUUCCCAAAGGACCCGGUAUUUGGGCAGCUUCCUUAUUUGGCCAGUAUUUGAGAACACAGAAAUGCUGGACCACUCUCACAACCACCAUGUCAGACGACACAGAGAAGCCAUUGAAAUCCACAAGAAGCAGGUGGACAAUUUCAACAGAGAGGAGGAAACCAUGAAAAUGAACAAAAUCUGGCUCCCAGUAUUUUUUAAAAAAAACGAAAAUCAGGACAGUAAAUAAAGAACAACACUCAGAAAUGGGAAUUCCAGACAGGAGACAAUCAGGGUCAGCUAACACCUCCCAGCAAAGGAUUUACCCAGACAGGAAACAGCCAGGUUUUGAAGCUGCAAGGCUAUUCAGUGCUAAUCAAGGUGACCAAUUGCAACAUCCACACUUGUCUCCAACAGACAAGAGUUCUUUUUCCCAUCCUGGACAUGAUUCCACAGAUAGAUAAACCUCACUUGCCUAGUUUUCCAACAGACCUCACAACCUCUGAGGAUGCCUGCCAUAGAUGUGGGCGAAGCGUCAGGAGAGAAUGCUUCUGAGACAUGGCCAGGCAGCCCGGAGAACUCACAGCAACCCAGCCAGUAGGCUGUUAGGAAUUGUGGGAGUCGAGUUGAAGUCCAAAACACCUGGAGGGCCAAGGCUUGCCCAUGCCUAUCUAAAUGCAACUUUUAAUCUUAAAGGGAAAAGUGCCCAGGAUUUUCUCACAUACUACAUAAAUAAAUGGUUGGCAUGUCUGGAGAAGAAUAGGAUGCUUCUAUAUCAGGCAUGGGCAAACUUUGGGGAAAAAACUUAAACGGGAUUGGACAAAGGUUGGAAUGAAGACGGAGAAUCUGGAAAGCGGAGAGUUUGAAAUGAAGAGGGAAAGGAUUAUGGAAGAAUUUAGAGAAAUAAAAUUGAUAUGGUUCCCUUGUAUUCAAUGGUUCAAAAAUUGGGUAAAGAAUAAUAAACAUAGAAGUAAGCUUAAUCAAUUUGAACAAACAAUACAAAAUGGAAGGGAUAGAGAGGAACAUAAAAAUGUGAAAGGAAUAACCAGUAAAUAUAUAUAAAAUAUUAAUUGAAAUAAACAAAGGGAAAGCAAAGAACAAGGAGAUUUGGGAAGAAGAUCUAAGAAUGAAAAUCAAUGAAACAGUGGUCACGAUGGGGACAAAGACAUUUGAAAAAAAAAUAUCAAUAUGAGUUAAAGAAAGUUAUCUGUUGAUAUGGAAAUGGUACUGAACACCAAUAAGAAUAGCAAAUAUAAAUAAAAACUACCCAAAAAUUGCUGGAGGGGAUGCCAAGAAUCGGGAACGUACAUACAUAUGUGGUGGCAGUGUCAAUAUGUAAAUAAUUUCUGGGGAAAGGUAUUUAGGGGAUAGAAGACACAAUGAACAUUGAAGUAGAAAGAAGUCUUAGCUUAGAUUUAUUAUAUAAUAAUAAACAGUUGAAAAAGGAGGACAAAGAUGUGAUAACAAACUUAUUAAACCUUGCAAGAGUGCUUAUAGCAAAGAAUUGGAAAAAGGAAAUAAAUAUACAGAUAGAAGAAUGGUAUAAGGAAAUAUGGAAACUGGCAAGAAAUGAUAGGUUGACAUGCAAAUUGAAAGUUAAAAGAGGGAUCUGGAAACAAAGUGAUUGUGAUGAUGUCUGGAGAAAAUGUAUUGGAAGGGGAUUCCAAAAAAAAGAGGGAAAAUUACCUCCAGAAGAGGAAAUGAAAUGAAAUUUUGGACAGAUGAUAAAAGAAGUGGCUUGGGAGGAGGGAACACGGUGGUGAGGGUAAGAAAAUAUGUAUAAGCGUGAAAAUAACAGUAGGUGUCACAUGUUAAUGUAUUGUAGAUUGUAGUGAAUAUUUUGUGGCUACUGUAAAACAAGGGAUGUAUGAAAAAAAAAUUAAUAAAAAUAUUUGUAAUUUGUU